CUACUUUCGUAAACCAUGGCGGACUAAGAAUUGGAGGCCCUUAGGCAGUCAAGAAUGGUGGAACUACGGGCAAAACAUGGGGAUGCUUCAAAUAAUCAGCAGGAAGAGGAGGCCAAACAAAGAGAAACAGAAAUGAGAAACACUAUAUUGGCUCAAGUCCUCGACCAGUCUGCCUUUGCAAGAUUGAACAAUCUUGCUUUGGUGAAGCCUGAGAAGGCUAAUGCAGUUGAAAACUAUCUCAUUCAAAUGGCUCGAUUCGGAAAGUUAGGAGGAAAGAUUUCAGAGUCGGGCUUGAUCGAGAUUCUAGAAAAAGUCAGUCAGCAAACGGACAAGAAGACGACUGUCACAUUCAAUAGGCGGAGGGUGCUGGACUCAGAUGAUGAGGAUGAUUAAUAACUAUGGACGGGAGCCCUGGAACGACCCAAGAAAUCGGGAGAGGAUAUGCUUUACUGGGACUCUGAUAGCAUCUUUGACUAGCUGAAUACCGAUGCCACACUUGCUUCUGUGUGUCUCUGGAAACUACAUACCAAGAGGGAAGAACAGCAAAGUGGAGCCGACCUUGUGAUAUGGGUGGUGGGGGGUAGAAUACACUCAGGGCUCUAUCUUGCACUCAGCGCAAUUGACUUUGUACACUGGCGCUUGUAUAAUUCCUAUUUUGCACUCGACGCACAUUGGAAUUUUCCCUCCACCGAUGCACGUCCUUAAAUUAGGGAAUGAACUUGCGCUCCGGGGGGCGGUUCAGCGCAAAAAGAGGAGGCGUGUUCCGGCGCAAACGUUCCCUGGUGCUUUUUUGCUGUUUCAGAAAACAAUUCCACCACAGACCAGGAAAAACCUAGUCUAAAGUCAGUGGCGCUUAUUCAGAUGCUGUUUUAAGGGCGCAGACUUGAGGGGAUGCGCCUGAGAGGCAGCAGCAACAUCACCACCCGGUCAAGACGGGCAUUAAUACUUUGCCGCAUCCUGGACAGCUCCCGCUCCAGCAUGUCAAACCCGGUUUGCUGCAGGAACAGGGGGGUCCUCCGGCGUGUGAUUUAUUGUAUGGCUGUGUUACAUUUAUUUCAUGUCAAUAAUGACACUUCUCGGUCUUUUACGGCCCUGACGAGAACGUCGGUCUCCUCGGCUGUGAACCGCUCCUGUCGUGCGCCUGGCCAAUCCGCCGUUAUAAUAGCAAUCCGCCAUGGAACAAGCGCGCCUGCUGUUAAAGGGAAUGUGAGAUGACGCUCUGAUUGGUUUAUUGCACGUUACGCCCAAACCACACCUAUGACUAAUGUAGCUACUUCAGACCAACCCAUUUUAGAUUUGCGCCGGGCGCAAGAGUCAUUUAUCCCGCCGGCAUAAUAACAACAGCGCCCGAGAUCCGCCCACAAAGCUACUUGCGUUUUGCACUGCUUGUGUUGUAUCCCUGACAGCUCAAGGCACUGUUUGACUCCUCUACUCCCUCUCAGUAGUUAUUCUACUACUACGUUUCUUUUUUUUCACCAUGGUCGACUUCUGUUCCUUCAAACAUAAGAAGCUAGAUAAAAUGCAAAACCUACACUGUUGAUGUGUUAUAUCUAGACUGUUCUGGGAAUACAUUGUUCUCAAUUCAAAGUCUGCAUCACAUUAGAUGUUACAUUCUUUUUUCUUCUUGCUGAAAUCAAAAGUUUACAUAAAAACAAAAAAAAGGCCUUAAAUUCUAGUUCUAGUUUGUUUUUCUAGUUUACCAUUUAUGAAAUUAUUAGUUAUUGUACGAAUACGGUUUCCAUUUGGGGUUUUUACACAAUUUAUGUUCCAUUCGGUCCAGGCACACAGUUUACCACAGUUGUGACUAUGCUCAACACAAGAACAGGAAACUUUGCAGCAUCUACACACUUUCUUUCUUUAUAGAUGACUGCCAUUUUUUUCUCAAUCGCCAAUCUCAUAUUUUGGAUUUCAUUUCAGAAACAAGAGUUAACAGAUUCCCAAAUGUAUCCAACUACUUUUGAAAUAAAAAUGUUGAAGAAGGAAAAAAAAAAAAA